AUGUCUCCUCGUAUGGUGACGAAACGUUUGCAAGCCAAUUGCCAAGCUCGGCGAACAGAUCAACAGCCACCUGAUCAACAACCAAAAAACGCUUGCGCCUGUUCACUGACCACAAGGUCCGUGGUUGGAAUCCGACCACUGACUCUCGACUUCCUCUAUCUGGGCUUGGGCAACCUGAUCCAGCCCCCUUGCUUCUUUCGGGGGGCAUGGCAGCUAGGCACCAAAUGGGGUCUACUCGCGCUGAAAGAGCCUAACGACCAUAACUAUCCGACAGUCGUUGUUUGGGGUCUACUCGCGCUGAAAGAGCCUAACGACCAUAACUAUCCGACAGUCGUUGUUUGGGUAAUACUGCCAGCGUCUGGCAACAUCGCAAUCAGUAGAAUCAGGUCGAGAUGGACCAAGUGGCUAGAGCGCGAAUUCACAGACAAGAUCCGUGGUUCGAACCCGACAUAUGCCACUCGACUUCCCUUGUCUAGGCUUACGCAACCUGGCAGUAUACCAGCCCUCGUGCCUCCUUCGUGUGGGAUGACAGCUAAGCACCGAAAGGGUGCCACAGCUGAACGAGAAUUAUAA